AAAAAACAUCCAUCAGGGCAGGUCACAAUGUCUUCCUUCUCCGCCCAGCCCAUCGUCAUUGACGGUAAGGGACACCUCCUCGGUCGUCUCGCUUCCAUCGUCGCCAAGCAGCUCCUCUCUGGCCAAAAGGUCACCGUCGUCCGAUGUGAGGAGAUCAACAUCUCUGGCUCCUUCUUCAGGAACAAGCUCAAGUACCACGACUACCUCCACAAGCGACACAUUGUCAACCCCAGGAAGUCUGGUCCCUUCCACUUCCGAGCCCCCUCCAGAAUCCUCUUCAAGGCCAUCCGCGGUAUGAUCCCCCACAAGCUCUCCCGAGGUGCCGCCGCCCUCAAGCGCCUCGAACUCUUUGAAGGCGUGCCCCCCGCGCAGGACAAGGUCAAGAAGAUGGUUGUCCCCGCCGCCCUCCGAGUGCUCAGGUUGAAGCCCGGGAGGAAGUUUUGCACUUUGAAGAGGUUGAGUGCGGAGGUUGGGUGGAAGUAUGGGGAUGUUGUGGACAGGCUUGAGGAGAAGAGGAAGGUUAAGGGUCAGGCUUACCACGAGCGCAAGACUGCCGCUCUCAAGCUCCAGAACAAGGCCGCCGCCUCUGCCCCCAAGGCCGACAACCUCAUCCAGUACGGUUACUAAAUACAGUGACAGUGUCCAGAUGUAGGGAUUGACGAGGUGAUGGUGGAUGUUGGGCGCAUUUAUGCACUUUGAUACAAAAAAAAAACGGACCGUGGCUGAGUCUUGGUCUUGAUGCGAGUACUGACGAGAUGUUGGGAUUACAUGGAUUGGGUUGGGGAUUUGGGAUUGGAGAAUUUGAGUGGGGAUGUGGGCACGCACUGAUCAUGUCUUUGCUCACUUGCUAGUUGCUACAGGUGGAAUUACUAUGCUGACUUGCCAGCGAGAAUGGAAAUGUUUCUCUUCACAGAAGCUCGCCUUUCCCACGCGCCACCUUCCCUGACCGACAUGAGGUUUACCAGCACUUUUCCGGAGCAGAUGCGUCCCCGGGUCCACUCUCAACCUUUGCCUGGGGAAGGCGGUGAUGGUCACUACGAGGUGUAUUAGUCUUUCCUACCAUCCACGUGAGUUCUCUUGAGUGAGCUGUCCGAUGUGGUACACUUGACCAUGACUCAUUUUCCCAUCUUGCGUAUAUAGCCUGGGUUCAUGUCCCACAAACACGACAGAGACGUGGCGUCUUGUGACUUGGAACCCUCAACUCGAUGCUAGGAGUACUUGGAGGUCGCUUUGCAGGUUUGUAGCGUUCUUAAGUGGAAACAGUCGAGAUGGAGUUGCAAAUGUGAACAAUGAUGUCGAUGGCCGAGCAAUGGUAUCAGCUCGUUGGGCCUAUGCUGUUGAUGAGUGGGAUUUUGUGAUAUGUG